AUGCGUCUAGCAUCUCGCCAUUUAUUGUCCAUCACUCUUAUAAGCUGUGCCCUCUUUGGCGUCUCUUCAGCAGCCUUUAAUGAACAACAAGCUGUACGCAUCGAUGAUAUCACCCCUCAAUCAACCACAUCGGUCGACGCUGUCGCUGUCACCAAUGCACUAAGCGAAUACUAUGAAAACAUCGUUGAUCAAGUCAUGGCUACUUUGACUGAAGAGAUAACCUUGUCAGCUCCUCGCUCAUUCAUGUCAAUCCACCAUUUGGGAACUGUCCAUCGCAGUCGUUGUCGCACUUCUUUUCGAUCAUUCGUGCAUGCACUUCGCGACCACUUGAACCUCAUGCGAUCCAACUUGCUUGCUUCGAUUCGACCUCUUGUUGAAUCCAAUUUACCGACGAUACUCGAACACAAAGAUCGGCAUACAGCUACAGCAGGUGUCUCAGGGUUGACGGAGGACAUUUUGACUUUGAACCAGCAUAUUGGGAAUCAAUUGGGACUUAUUGCCAAUGUGGAUGAGGCUGCUGAUAUCAUCAUUAAUCAAUCUAUUCCUGCAAGUCUAUUCGAAGAACAGCAUCAGCAACUACCACAGCAACCAUUGCCAGAGCAACCACCAAGAUGGCGUCAAGGCGGGGAUCAACUUGUGAUGGGAGCUCAUCCCCGACUACAGCAACCACAAGACGACGACUAUGCCGAUCCCUUGUUAUGGUUGGAUGCCCUCCGCCUUGAACAGGAGCAACAACAGGAGGAAGAAGAACGUCCUGAAUCUAUUGCAUUAUCCAACUGGUUAAGAUCAUGGCUUUCCGAAAUCGAAAGUAUCCUCAGCGUACAAUUUGAUGAACGCGUACAAGACGCAACACAAUCCAUCUUGGAGGACUUUUUACUGGAUGAGUAA